CGCGGACCGGGCUGGCGGCGCAGGAGGCAACGCUCGCUUCCCAUGCGCGGGGCGCUUCUCCGGUGAGCGUGGAUUCUCGCUGCCCGCCCUGUGCCCCGUCCCCGGCGGCACCAGACCCUGCGUGGCCCCUAAGAUGGCGAGCGGGAUGAAUGGCUCGGGCGGCGGCGGCGGCGGCGGCGGCAGCAGUGAGGAGGAGCCGGGCGCCCGGCACACGGGAGGCGGAGCCGCGCCCCAGCAGGAGCCCGGCGUGUUAGGCGCGGCGGCGGGCGAGGGGGAGCCGGCGGCGGGUGAGGGCGGGCGCUGCCCGUCCCCUCAGCCGCACCACCUGCUGCUGCUGCUGCGGCGCUCGCCCAGCGCCUCGCUGUGCCCGGCGCCCGAGGCCGCCCCCGCACCGGGCCGGGCCGUUCCCUCGGCGGGCCGCGGCGGGCAGCCCCCCCCGGCGGGCCGCGGCGCCGGUGAGGACGUGAGGAAGUGCGGGUACCUGCGGAAGCAGAAGCACGGGCACAAGCGUUACUUCGUCCUGCGGGCCGAGAGCCACCUGGCCCCUGCCCGGCUGGAGUACUAUGACAGCGAGAAGAAGUUCAAGAGCAGCCUGCGGCCGGCGGGGGCCGGCGGGGCGGCUGCGCUGUGCUGCCCCCCGCCCAAGCGGGUCAUCCCUCUGUACCAGUGCUUCACCGUGAGCCGCCGGGCCGACGCUAAGCACAAACACAUCAUCGCCCUGUACACCAAGGAUGAGUACUUUGCCAUGCUGGCCGAGAACGAUGCCGAGCAGGAGGCCUGGUACGAGGCCAUCAGCGAGCUCAUGAAUCAGAGCAAGAGGGGCUUUCUGGAGCAGGAGGACCAUGCCGAUCAGCAGGUGGAUGAGGAUGAUGAGCACUACGGGGCCACCCUGAGGCCUGGCACCGUGUUCAAGGAGGUGUGGCAGGUCAAUGUGAAGCCCAAAGGCUUGGGACAAACGAAGAACCUCACUGGAGUGUAUAGGUUGUGCCUUUCCAGCAAGGCCAUCCACCUUGUCAAGCUGAACUCAGAAGUGCCCUCUGUUCACUUGCAGCUUAUGAACAUUCGCCGCUGUGGACACUCAGAGAACUUCUUCUUUAUUGAAGUGGGCAGAUCUGCCUCUAUUGGACCUGGAGAACUCUGGAUGCAAGUGGAUGAUUCGGUUGUUGCCCAAAAUAUGCAUGAGACUUUUCUGGAUACCAUGAAAGCUCUAAAGGCCUUUGCGGAGUUCAGGCCCCGAAGCAAGAGCCAGUCUUCUGGUGGUGGCAGUGGUACCAAUCCCAUAUCAUUCAUAACCACCAGGAGGCACUUGGGCAACCUACCCCCCAGCCAGACAGGCUUGCAGAGAAGAUCUAGAACUGAGAGUGUUGCUGGAGGGACUCCUCCUACCACCAAAAGCAACAACUCCUAUCGUUUCAGAACAUCCAGUGAAGGAGAAGGAACCAUGACUAGACCUUUUAGGUCAGUGACUGGGAGCCUGAUCCACCUGAAUACUGCAAGGAUGAAUCUGGGCCGGCAAGAAGGGAGUGGAAGGUACGUGAGAGCUGCUUUCAGCUCAUCUUACCACACCAGGUCUGCUUCGCUGCCCGUUUCUCAUUUUCCCUCCACCACAAGUCCCAUCAGCGUUUCUUCCAGCAGUGGCCAUGGUUCUGCUUCAGACAUGCUGACCAGGCCUUCUAGCUCAUCUGUUUGUGGUUCUCCAAGUGAUGGGGGAUUCAUCUCCUCUGAUGAGUAUGGCUCCAGCCCUGGAGAUUUCAGGUACUUUAGGGUGAGGAGUAAUACACCAGAUUCCCUGGGAAACACGCCACCUAUCAGAGAGGAGAACUGUCUGAGUGAAUACAUGUCCAUGAAUAAGCAUCAGGGAGAUGAUGGUUCAAGAGAUGAUUAUAUGGAGGCUGAAAAAUGUUUCAGGAAAAGAACUUACUCUCUAACAAAGCCAACUUCUGUAGCAGUGCAGCAGAAGACAACACAAACUACAGCUUUGUUGGAUGAAGAUUCUGCAGGAAAUCAUGGACGAUUACUUUAUUCUGAAAUACCAAAAUUGAAAGAUAACCAUGAAUUGGAGUACAGUGACACUAACCUUGAUUCCACGUGUAACCAAAGCAGGAGUAAAGCCAGGGAUGAUGGGUACAUGCCAAUGAUGCCAGGAGUUGCGUCUUCUCUAUCUAGCACCAGUGAUUAUUUGCCAAUGACUCCUAAAAGCAUGUCUGUUCCAAAACAGAUUAACAAUUCAUGGUCACCAUCUCAGGUUGAUUCCAGAGGCUAUAUGAUGAUGUUUCCGAAGGGCAGCUCUUCACCUGUACGGAGUCCUUUAACUGGAUUUGCUUCUAAAGGAAGUAAUGAGAAGAUCAUAAGCAAUGAAUAUAUGGAUAUGUCACCUUCAGUUCCAAAGCACCCCAGUGAUUCAAAUUAUAUUCAUACCACUUCUGUUUCCAAAGGUUUUAGUUCAUAUUUUUCUUUGCCCCGAAGCUUUAAGGCAUUAUCAGGACAAAAUGGUGACCACAGUGAAUAUGUUCCAAUGUCUUCACCUGGAAAACUCUUGUAUGGUGCACCAGAAAAUGUAAAGGAGGUCAGCAGUGAAACUCUCGCUAAUGGCAUCUCCAGAUUACCAACAUUGAAAGGUUCAGAUGAAGGACUUUUGCAGAACAGGGCUACCAGGCCCACACGACUGCCCCUAGGUACAAGAGGAAGUAACACCAUUCCCAGAAUGUAUGAUCGUACAGUUCCACCUGAGCCAGCAAGUCCUGGUGAAUACAUAAAUAUUGAUUUUAAUGAAAAGGCGAGUAACACACCAUAUUCCUUAUCUGCAGAAGGAUCUCCAUCAUCUCUAGGCUCAAGUAGUGACCACAGACAGUCACCACUCUCUGAUUACAUGAGUGUUGACUUAGACGUGCAGUCACCGAAAGCAGUGAAGGAGCUGUCAAACUCUCUUACAGAUAUCUCAGUUUAUGCAAGUUCUAGUAUUCCUAGAAACCAACCAAACCCUGACUAUUCCAGGCUUUCAUUUGGUGCUGCUUGUGUUAGCACGGCAAGUAGCAGGACUGAUGACUACACUGAGAUGACGUUCAACAUAGCAGCAACACCACCAAGGCCGUUUGCCACUGAAUCAGACAAUGCUGUAAAGAUGGAUAGUCCUUCUUCCAUCGUUAAUAGACUCUGCAUUGUUGAUAGAUAUGCUGGUAGCAGUAGCUUCUCUGUCCCUAGCUCUGAUCCUCCUAUAGGACCGAAAGUGAUUCGAGCUGACCCUCAAGGCAGGAGGAGACAUAGUUCUGAAACGUUCUCUUCUGCUGGGACUGUGAUGACCUCAUCCUCUUUCUUUACUGACAGUAGCAAAAGACACAGCUCUGCCUCAUUCGACAACGUUUGGUUAAAACCAGAUGAAAACAUUGCUGAUGGUCAGGAAAGCAAAAUGUCCAGGGAUACCUCAACUGGAUUUCAGAAUGGCUUAAACUACAUUGCUCUGAAUUUACGUGAUGACCCUCUAAGCUGUGAGGCAAGUACUACAGCGCCAGCUUGCCAUCUCCGAAAUGGUACUUCAGGUUUGGACAGUGGAUCUUAUGUAAGCAUAGAUUUCAGCAGAUCAGAUGGGCUGAAGUGUAACGCUGCGAGAAAAGCUCUGGUCACCACAACAUCCUUAUGUCCUCUGGAGAAGCCUGAGGACUGGGCUGACCAGUGUGUAGGAGGGCUCAGGCAGCCCAUGGCCUUCACAUUCACCACCUAGGGCUCAGCUGAGCUGUAACCUUUCCCUGGGAUCUGCCUUUCGUGUAGCAGGUGAGGAAUGCCUGUGGUUGAGGAAGAGCAGGCUCUGAGCAGUGUCUUCCAGGUCAGAAACUUGGGAGGGGAGGCUGCUGCCUUUCAAACUGUCAGUGGUCUGACCCAGCCAUAAGGUAAUGCACUUUGAAGUGUGCAUAAAAAUAAAGGUGUUGCAGGUGGGGAGAAAGUAUGGGAAAGAGAAGGGACACUCCUGUUCAUAUGAGAAGCUCUCAUGGUGGGAGCAAAGCCAGUAAUUAGGGUUGUGGUGCAUGUACCCCGGCUGAGCUGCGAUGUGUGUGAGUGCAGUGCUGGAACUCUGGAAGAGUCAUCGUUGCUUUGGUGCCAGUGACCCACUGAACUCCUUACUGUAAUUCACUCUCCUGGGAGAAAGCCAUUUCUGUUGGAAGUUGUUUUCCUCUCUUCGCAAAUGUACGUGUAGUCUGUAAUUGUUGGAUACUAAGAGGAAAUAUUUAAUCAUGGUUGGACAUGGAUACUUGUCUAUUCUGUCCACAGAUGAAGCAGUAAGGGGGCAGGCUGCUGCUGACUUUUAUGUUUUUAAUUACAGUCUUAAACACUGCAAGGGUUUUUUUUUCUAGUUUUGCUGUAAAACUAAGUUUCUAAAGGUAAAAGGUGUUCCAGGUGUUGCUUAAAAUUGUAUAGGCUUUUCUAGUGAAAAGUAUCAGCCUGACUCAGCUCACAUGCUAUUCAGAGUCUGGCAGCACUGCCUGGGGCUGCUCAGAAAUGUGUGGUUUGCCUUAGUGUUUUUUUUCCCCUCUGCUUUGUUUUGUUGGUUGGACUCAAAUUUAGAAGAUGUUGAAAAUUGCCAGUCCAAGAAGUGCUUUCUUCCUUCCAAAGUUAUUCUUUCAGCACUUCAAAGAUUUGUCUGCUAAAUCUGCAGUCAGAGGCACACUGAUUGCUGCAGCUGGUUUGUUUUUUCUUGUUUUUUUUAAGCACUUCCUAAACCAGCAGAAUUUUUAACUUGAUCUUAUUCCCCUUAUAUGACUAAAAUCUACAAAGUUACAAAGUUAAAGUAAUAUAUAAAAUAAAAUUUUAUGUUACAAAGUUAAAUUUUUUACAGAAUUAAGAUGAAAAAAGAACAAAUGUUUUCCUUUCAGCUGAAUUGUAAACAUUACAUUGAAAAAUACUUUACAAGAGCUACUGUGUUUAGAAAUUUUAUUUAUGAUAAGCAUUUUGCUUACUAUUGCAGCAAAGUAUCUACAGCCCCAUGCUUGGGGCUUUUCCCUUCUCCAUUACAAGCUGCAGAGGAGCAAGAGGCAUAAUAUCUGCUGGCUUUUGUUGGGAAUUGAGGUUUUCUGGAAAUGAAAUGAAUGAAAAGGAGGCAAAAC